AUGCCCGGCCAUGAUACGUGCUUGAGUUUUGACUCUAACGCUGACAAUUUUAAGUGCAAGUUGCGACUGACCAAGUCCGAAAACUCUCGGUUAAAAGCUGAACUCGCUUCUAUUGCCAAAACCCAUCAGGAGGAUUUGGCUAGAGAGAAAAAUGAGACGGACAUGAUUCGGGACAAAUAUGAGAGACUCCUUGAAUCUCAUAAUCAAUUGCUGAAACUAAACUCUGAACUGGAGGAAAGAUUGCUGGUAGCGGUGGAGACCUUGCAAAAAGAAAGGGCAAAGUUAAACAGUCAGCUAAGUAUCUUAGGAGAGAAACUUGCGGAAUCGGAAGAGACAAUAAAGCGCCUUACUACAGCCUGUGAUUCGUAUAAAAAUGACUGCAAGGUCGCCACAGAACUUCUUCACGCUGAUCCUAGUCGGUUUCUUCCCAUCAAUUCGGAUCGUCAUUUCUCAUUGCCCUCCAAGCACCGUGACAAAUCGUCCACGUCUUCGGAGGAGGCUUUGCUUGCGGCGCCAACACACUAUCUUCUCCCCACCACCUUCCCACCUAUCGCCCUCUACUCCACGGGGCAGCCAGUCUUUCCGCAGCCUCCUGCUGAUACUCCACCGUCCCACUCGACCGACUCUAAGCCUUCGCCACCCUCUGAAAAAUCUCUUGCCAACAGAAAAGUCAUACAUUUCGGGUCUCUGUGCGCUGAGCCUGUCAGUACAGCACUUCGCACGGCCCAGUACUCCACCUACUGUUCUUCCAUUGAUUAG